AUGUUUUUCAUCUCAUUGAUGAAGUUCUCUGGAAUUACAUGCUGUGGAUAUCACUUACAGAUAAGCUAUGCUUCAUCUAUUGUCACUCUUAAUGAUAAACAACAGUUCCCCUCCUUUCUGCGAACAAUUCCCAAUGACAAGUUUCAGGCUCGAGGGAUGGCACGACUUAUGAUACACUUUGGCUGGAGCUGGGUUGGCAUCCUCUAUGAGAAUGAAGACUAUGGGCAGAUGUCUGGCCAAAUGCUGAGGGAGGAACUUACUAAAAGUGACAUCUGUACAGAGUUCUUCGAGACCAUUCCCGUUGUUACUUCAGAGCACAGGAACCAAGAAAUAAGCGAGAUGAUUGCAGCAGCUUCAGCAAAUGUGAUAGCAAUUUUCUCAUCCUACAACAGUCUGUACCCAGUAUUGAAAGAAGUAUCAAACAGAAAUGUCACAGGAAAAGUCUGGAUUGGUGAUGACGGAUGGCCUGACUCGCCACUGUUUUCUGACACUGAAUUGCUGUGGAUGAUGCAUGGUACACUAUGGAUUGCAAGCAGGAAAGGUGAGAUGCCUGGUUUUAAACAGUUUUUAUAUGAUAUUCAUCCACAAAGAAGGCCAGAGGAUGGAUUUGCAGUGCACUUUUGGGAACAAGUAUUUAACUGUAAAUGGUUUGACCAUAAUAUAUCCAAGAAUGGCAUACUAAGAAAUGAAAGUGAAGUGAUCAGAUUAUGCUCAGGUCAAGAAAAUCUAGAAGAACAGAACAUUCAUUUCUUUGAUAUGGACAACCUAAGAAUUCCUUAUAAUGUACACAGUGCAGUGUAUGCCAUUACACAUGCCUUACACACUUUGUUAAACUGCAGUUCAAUAAAAAGUCCUUCAAAAGGAACAUGCAAAAAAUCACAUGAUAUUAAACCUUGGCAGCUGUUGCACAGCUUGAAGACUGUCCAUUUCCAGAACAAUAUGGGAGAAGAGUUUUUCUUUGACAAUGACGGAAAUCCUCCUGCCAUUUAUGACGUUUUAAACUGGCAGAGAACAGCUGAUGAUAUGUUUGCAAAUUUCAUUGUGGGUCGUUUUGAUGCAAGAUAUUCUGAGGGCCAGGAUCUGAAACUAAAUGAGAAUAUGAUUAUGUGGAAUGGAAGGCAAACAAAGGUGCCACACUCUGUCUGCACAGAAAGUUGUUUCCAGGGUUACAGACGAGCUGUCAGGCCAAGUCAGCCAAUAUGUUGUUUUGACUGUAUCCCAUGUUCAGAAGGUGAAAUUGCUAAUCAAACAGAUUCUACAGAAUGUAUGAAGUGUGCAGAGGAACACUGGCCAAAUGAGAAACGAGAUCAGUGUAUUAAGAAGACUGUGGAAUUCCUUUCCUAUGAAGAGCCGCUAGGUUCUCUGUUGGCAAUCAUAUCCAUUAUUGGAGCUCUCAUUCCUGUUGCCAUUUUGAUUAUCUUUUUUGCACAUCGCCAUACUCCUGUUGUUAAAGCCAACAACCGAGAAGUCAGCUAUCUUCUCUUGGGUUCCUUGGUGCUGUGUUUUUCUUGCUCUCUUAUCUUUAUUGGACGUCCUGUUAGAACAACUUGCAUUCUCCGUCAGACAGCCUUUGGCAUAGUUUUUGUACUGUCUGUUUCUUGUGUCUUGGCAAAGACAAUUAUGGUAGUGAUUGCUUUUAAUGCAACUAAGCCAAACAGUGACCUCAAAAAGUGGGUGGGGCCCAAGCUUCCAAACUGCAUUAUUACUGGAUGCACCAUUGUUCAAUGCGUAGUAUGCACUGCUUGGUUGGUUAUUGCCCCACCAUUUCCUCAGAACAACAUGGCUUCACAGCAGGGCAUCAUCAUCAUUGAAUGCAAUGAAGGUUCCACAGCUGCCUUUUGGGGCAUGCUAGGUUACAUAGGAUGUUUAGGAGGUUUGAGCUUGCUAGUAGCCUUUUUAUCAAGGAAUCUACCUGAUAGUUUUAAUGAAGCCAAAUACAUUACUUUUAGCAUGCUUGUCUUUGCUGCAGUCUGGCUCUCAUUUGUUCCAGCCUAUCUUAGCACACGUGGGAAGUACAUGGUUGCAGUGGAAAUAUUUGCCAUUUUCUCUUCCAGUGCAGGUUUAAUGAGCUGCAUAUUUGUUCCCAAAUGCUAUGUUAUUCUUCUCAGGCCUGAGGAGAACACUAGAGAAUUUCUGAUGGGAAAGACUACCUCUGGCAAUAGAAACAAAUAACGUUUAUAGCGAUGCAUUCAUGUGUAUUUAGA